AUGGCCGGGCUCAAGCUUCAAUCCAUGGUUACUCAACUCUCCGCCUCAUCAAAGCGUGAGAGGAUUGGAGCCAAAGCGAACAAAGUCAAACCACAGAAGAAGCCCAAGAAUGAGACUCCCGUCGCUGUGCGACGGUCUUUACGAACGAGAGGAACGCUGGCUGAUUCCAAAAGCAUCGAUAGCGAUCUAUUUGACUCUUCAGUGAGAAGCCCUAACUCUCAGUCCACGUCACCGUCGAAGCCGUCGGCUCCUAAGAUUGGAACAGAGUUUGGUGGAUAUAGGGUUUGUAAAGAGGAGACCAUUUUGAGUACUGGGAUAAAAUCUGACCCGGGUGAGUCUUUAGGCACAGAGUUUGUUGGAGAUAGGGUUUGUAAAGAGGAUGAUUAUUGGGUUGAUAUGACUUUGAAUCCGGAGAAUAUUGCUCGGGUUAUGCAGGAUAGAACAAUGGCUGUGAAAUUUUUUCCUUGUAGUAGCUCUAGGGUUGUUGUGGUUGGGAGCAAUGGUGGUGAUGUUGGCAUUUGGAAUCUUGAUCAUGCGAAUGGGAUUGAAGAACAAGAUGAUGGGGUUUAUACGUAUCAUACUCACUCGGGUCUUGUUUCUGGGAUUUCGAUUCACUGA